GGAAACACAGCAACUUAAAUUAGCUCUGCUCUCUACUACUUUCCCCAAUCAUUUUAAUCGGUCCCUUUGAACUGUUUGUAAGGUCUAGAGACAAAACAUACUUGCUUUGUUCCAUACAGAGUAGUAGAAAAGGUGCAGGUGGUCAGAGGGAUUUCUGAACUUAUCAGACGUAAUGGAGAGAGAAAGACACCUGCCGUGAAGAGGAGGCAAGGGUCACUCAGCCAAGCGGCUAAGCGGGCUAGCGCGGUCUCACUAUCUCUCUCCGUGCGAGUUCAAAAGUACAAACCCGGGACUGUUAACCGCUACCAGGACGUAGGACUCAAGGAAUGGUGACGGGACAUGUUUUACCUGGAUUAUAAAACUUGAUGGAAAUCUUAUUUCCUUAAUUUUCAAGCGGCAAGGAAGCUAUAAACUCAGCGUGCUAAUGUUGUAGUUCUCCUGGGACCAUGUCAGUGAACGAGCUGUACACUAAGUACACUCGGGUUUGGAUCCCCGACCCAGAGGAGGUGUGGAAACCUGCUGAGAUUAUCAGAGACUACAAAGAGGGAGAAUCAGUCCUGCACCUCAAACUAGAAGAUGAAUCGACAUUAGAAUAUCCAAUUGGUCCCAAGGACAACCCUCUUCCAUUCCUUCGGAACCCUGAUAUUCUGGUGGGAGAAAAUGACCUUACAGCGCUCAGCUAUCUGCACGAACCUGCAGUGUUGCACAACCUCAGGGUCCGCUUCCUGGAGUCCAAUCACAUUUACACAUACUGUGGUAUUGUGCUGGUGGCGAUUAAUCCAUAUGAACAGCUGCAGAUCUAUGGAGAAGAGGUCAUCAAUGCCUACAGUGGGCAAAAUAUGGGGGACAUGGAUCCUCAUAUAUUUGCAGUGGCAGAAGAGGCCUAUAAACAGAUGGCCAGAGAUGAGAAGAACCAAUCGAUCAUUGUGAGUGGAGAGUCAGGAGCUGGGAAAACUGUGUCUGCAAAAUACGCCAUGCGCUACUUCGCCACUGUAGGAGGAUCAGCCAAUGACACAAAUGUAGAGGAGAAAGUGCUGGCUUCCAGUCCCAUUAUGGAGGCUAUCGGGAAUGCAAAGACGACACGCAAUGACAACAGCAGCCGCUUUGGGAAAUAUAUUCAGAUUGGCUUUGACAGGAGAUAUCACAUCAUUGGUGCCAACAUGCGGACAUAUUUGCUGGAGAAGUCCAGAGUAGUUUUUCAGGCUGAGGACGAGAGGAACUACCACAUCUUCUACCAGCUCUGUGCUUCAGCCUGCCUACCAGAGUUUAAAGAUCUAGCCCUGACCAGUGCAGAAGAUUUCACUUACACCUCUCUUGGUGAGAACAUCUUCAUUGAAGGAGUGAAUGAUGCUAAGGACUUGGAGAGAACAAGGGAAGCACUUUCACUGUUGGGUGUUAAAGAGAGCCAUCAGAUGAGUAUCUUCAAGAUAAUUGCCUCCAUCUUGCACCUUGGAAAUGUGGACAUUGUAUCUGAGAGAGAUGGAGAGUCUUGCCAUAUUUCUAGAAAUGACCCUCACCUGCAGCAUUAUUGCCAGUUGCUGGGUGUGGAGCUGGAGCAAAUGGAACACUGGCUUUGCCAUAGGAAGUUGGUUACCACAUCUGAGACCUAUGUGAAGAACAUGUCUCGUGCCCAGGCAGCUAAUGCUCGUGAUGCUCUGGCCAAACACAUUUAUGCCCAUCUCUUUGACUGGAUAGUAGAGCAUAUCAACAAGGCUCUGUACACCUCCUCCAAGCAGCACUCCUUCAUCGGCGUGCUGGACAUUUAUGGAUUUGAAACAUUUGAGAUCAACAGCUUUGAGCAGUUCUGCAUCAACUAUGCCAAUGAAAAACUUCAGCAGCAGUUUAACUCGCAUGUGUUUAAACUGGAGCAAGAGGAGUACAUGAAGGAGCAGAUCCCAUGGACACUCAUUGACUUUUAUGACAACCAACCCUGCAUUGACCUCAUAGAGGCCAAGCUUGGUAUCCUGGACCUGCUAGAUGAGGAGUGCAAGGUUCCUAAAGGAACAGAUCAGAACUGGGCUCAGAAGCUUUACAGCAAACACCUGAGCAGCCAGCACUUUGAGAAGCCACGGAUGUCCAACAGCUCCUUCAUUGUUGUCCACUUUGCGGAUAAGGUUGAGUAUCAGUGCGAUGGCUUCCUGGAGAAGAAUAGAGACACUGUGUAUGAGGAGCAGAUCAACAUCCUUAAGGCCAGCAAGUUUCAGCUAGUGGCAGAUCUCUUCCAGGAUAGAAAAGAGGUUCCAGCUCCACCCUCAUCUGGAAAGAGUAACAGAAUCAACAUCCGUCCUGCUAAGCCCAUCAUCAAAGGCCACAACCGUGAGCACCGCAAAACUGUGGGCCACCAGUUUCGGAAUUCCUUACAUCUUCUGAUGGAGACUCUCAAUGCUACUACCCCUCAUUAUGUGCGCUGCAUUAAACCCAAUGAUGACAAAGAGGCCUUUAUGUUUGAUUCCAGAAGAGCUGUCCAACAACUACGAGCAUGUGGAGUUCUGGAGACCAUCCGCAUCAGUGCUGCAGGAUAUCCAUCCAGGUGGACAUAUUCAGAUUUCUAUAACAGAUAUCGGGUGCUCAUGAAGAAGAAAGACAUGACUAUUGGUGAUAAGAAACAAGUCUGCAGAAAUCUGCUAGAGACCUUGAUCAAGGAUCCAGACAAGUUCCAGUUUGGAAAGACUAAGAUCUUCUUCAGAGCAGGCCAGGUAGCGUACCUGGAAAAGCUAAGGGCAGACAAGUUCCGCUUUGCUUGCAUUAAGAUUCAGAAAACCGUGCGGGGAUGGCUGCAGAGGACACGUUACCUCAAGAUCCGCAAGUCUGCCAUCACACUACAGAGAUAUGGACGUGGGUACUUGGCACGCAGGUAUGCUGAGUACUUGCGACUCACCAGAGCAGCCCUUAUCUGUCAGAAGCAGUACCGGAUGGUACGGGUACGGCAUGCGUAUCUGACUGUUCGUAAGGCUGUCAUCACUAUCCAGGCCUUCACCCGGGGCAUGUUCACACGAAGGCUAUACCAGGAGUUCCUUCUCCACCACAAAGCAAUUAUCAUCCAGAAAACAGUACGCGGAUGGCUGGAGAGAAAGAAGUUCCUCCGUGCCCGGAAUGCUGCAAUCGUCAUCCAGUGUGCCUACCGCCGUGUCCUCGCUAAGCGGCAGUUCAAACAGCUUAAAAUCGAAGCUCGCUCAGCGGAGCACUUAAAGAAACUCAACACUGGCAUGGAGAACAAGAUUGUCCAGCUUCAGAGAAAGAUGGAUGAUCAGACAAAAGAGUACAAGACUCAGAAUGAGCAGUUGUCUGUCACCAACAUUUCUUUGGGCACGGAAGUCAACAAGCUGCAAAAAGAGCUGGAGACCCUCCGCAGUCGUCAAGGAGACAACACUCAGGUGACCUCGUUGCAGGAGGAGCUUGAGAAGCUGAGGGCGGCGCUUCAGGAAGCUCACACCCAAAGGAAGAAGCUUGAAGAGGAGCACAGCAGUGAGAAGCUUGAUCUGGAGCAGAGAGUGAAGGAGCUGGAGAAGGAAAACUCAAUGCUAAAGGCCGAGAAAGAGGAAAUGAAUCAGAGAAUCCGCCACUCUCAAGGUUCUGAAGGUCAGGAGAACAGUGUGUCUCAGAAAGAAGUCCGUCUGCAGACUGAGCUUGAUGAAGAGAGGCUGCGCUAUCAGAACCUCCUGAAAGAGUUUUCCAGACUGGAGCAGAGAUAUGACAACCUGCAAGAGGAGAUUGCUUACAACAAGUUUGCACCAGGUCAUCGGAGGAACCCCUCUGAACAGAGCAGCAUAGGCUCUGAAUCACCCUUCCCCUCCAUUACCAUGUCAGAGGUGGGAGACACUGAAGACACCAUUCAGCAGAUAGAGGAGAUGGGCCUGGGGAACGCUGCCAUGGACCUGAGUGUGUUUAUGAAGCUGCAGAAGCGAGUGCGAGAGCUGGAACAGGAGAGGAAGAGACUUCAGACCAACCUGGAGAAGAUGGAGGAGCUGAGCAAGCGCAAACCGAUUGAUCCGAAGAGCUCCACGUCAGAGGAGGACACAAACACAGAUCUGGCCUACAACUGUCUCAAGAGGCAGGAGCUUGAGUCUGAGAACAAGAAGUUGAAGAAUGAUUUGAACGAACUUCGAAAGGCAUUAGCCGAUAGGGCCUCCGAGAGCUGUUCCUCCAAUGAACUGCAAGAGAGCUACAACCUGCUGCUCAGUCAACUCAAAGCGGCCAAUGAGGAGCUGGAUGUACGCAAGGAGGAGGUGCUUAUGCUGAAAACCCAGAUUGUCAGCACUAAAAAGCCAAAAGAAGACACCAAUCACAUUGAUGCCAAUGAUGUCACAGAUUGGGCUAACAACAAAAAGCCGAUAGACAAGGAGGAGGCUCUGCAGGCAUACCAGGGACUCAGCGAGUCCAAGAGCAGUAAAACACAGGACUGGGGUUAUUUGAAUGAAGAUGGAGAGCUUGGCCUGGCCUAUCAGGGGCUAAAGCAAGUAGCCAGGCUGCUGGAGGCACAGCUGCAGUCCCAGUCACGAAAGCACCAGGAUGAACUGGAGGCUCUGCACACACAGAUUGAGGUGCUGAAGGAAGACUUGGAGAAGAAGCAGGAGAUGCUGAAUCACUUCAGCACCCUCCCGCCGGAGGCCCUGGUGGAGUUUAGCGUCCAGCAGGAGAUCACUCGCCUCACCAAUGAGAACCUGGAUCUCAAAGAGAUCAUGGAGAAGCUGGAGAAGAAUGAGAGGAAGCUCAAAAAGCAGCUCAGGAUCUACAUCAAAAAAGUUCAGGAGCUUGAAUUGGCCCAGGCAGCAGCCCUGCAGGCUAACAGGGCCAGGCCAGAGCUGACCCGCCAGGUCACAGUGCAGAGGAAAGAGAAAGACUUUGAGGGCAUGUUUGAGUACUACAAAGAGGACGAAGCCUUGCUUAUAAAGGCUCUUGUCACUGACAUGAAGCCCCAUGUUGUGUCAGCCACGGUCCCUUGUCUCCCAGCCUACAUCCUCUUCAUGUGCAUCCGUCAUGCUGACUACAUCAAUGAUGACCAGAAAGUGCACUCCCUGCUUACCUCGUCCAUUAAUGCUGUUAAGAAAGUUCUCAAGAAAAACAAUGAUGAAUUUGAAAUGGCCUCUUUCUGGUUGGCUAACACUAGUCGACUCCUGCACUGUCUGAAGCAAUACAGUGGAGACGAGGCAUUCAUGACCCAGAACACAGCCAAACAGAAUGAACACUGCAUGAAGAACUUUGACCUUGCAGAAUACCGGCAAGUUUUGAGUGAUCUGUCCAUCCAGAUCUACCAGCAGCUCAUUAAAAUAGCCGAGGCCAUUCUUCAGCCCAUGAUUGUGUCUGCUAUGUUGGAGAGUGGAAGCCUCACAGGGGUAAAGCCCAUGGGCUAUAGGCACCGUUCUUCCAGUAUGGACUGUGAAACAGGGGGCCCAGGAGGCUACACCUUAGAGGCUCUGAUCAGACAGCUGAGCCAGUUCUACACCAUCAUGGGAGAGCACGGGUUGGACCCAGAGAUCGGCCAGCAGGUCAUCCGCCAGCUUUUCUACAGCAUCAACGCCGUCACACUCAACAACCUACUGCUGCGCAAAGACGUCUGCUCCUGGAGCACUGGCAUGCAGCUCAGGUACAACAUAAGUCAGAUGGAGGAGUGGCUACGAGGGAGGAACUUGAACCAGAGUGGAGCAGUGGCCACCAUCGAGCCCCUUAUCCAGGCUGCUCAGCUGCUGCAGCUUAGGAAGAAGACUUCUCAGGAUGCUGAGGCUAUCUGCAAUACGUGCAGUGUGCUUAGCACACAACAGAUUGUAAAGAUCCUCAAUCUUUACACCCCCCUCAACGAAUUUGAGGAGAGAGUCACUGUGUCUUUCAUUAGAGACAUACAGAAUCGUCUCCAAGGCAGAAUAGAAAACAACCAGCUCCUGGUGGACACAAAGCACACAUUCCCAGUGCUGUUCCCCUACACUCCUUCAGCCCUGAGUCUGGAGACCAUCCACAUCCCUGCCUCUCUCAACCUGGACUUCCUUAUACGAGUCUGACCUCUCAGUCUGUUUCUCUUGUACUCUCUCAAAGACCCCGCUGAAGCAGACCUGCAGGGGAGUACCCCCUAGCACAGCCCCACCAACCAGCAUACAAAACCCCAUAGUUGGCAGGGAUCCAUCAGCAGCCAGUGAGUCUUUCUGGCAGACUAAUUUCUGUGUUUUGGCACUUUCUGUUCUAUUUGAUGUUAAGAAGAAAAUCAUAAUGUGUGCAAAGAAGGAGAUCAGGGUGUAGCUUGGGAGAUUCUAUAAUACUGAAACGAACUGAGCUUCAGUUUAGCCCUAACAGAUCUAACAGUUUUUGUUUUCUACAUCUGUUCAUUCUUUCUUUGCAGCUAAUGAUUAAAAAGGCUGCCCCAGUCUCUGUACUGGUGCAGGGACGUAUUCUCAUACUUUUUAGUCCACUUUACAAACAUUCACAUCUUUUAUAAGGUUUUCUUACAUGUGGCUGAACAGCUAGCAGAUCUAGUCUCUCAGCUGCUGCCAACUAAAGCAGGAGAAACCCCUGCAUUGCAGUGGCUGCUGUCCGUGACUCACUCUGUCCAAGUGAAGCCCACUCUUUCUCUUUUUUCCUGCCUGGAAGAGUGCUGUGCCUGCAGCCAAUCCUUUUCUUUGAGAAGUCCAGGCAGCACUUGAGCAGGCUUGCAGAGAGAGGCUUUGCUGGCCUGAAACUUAUGUCACAGCGUUAGCGUCCUGUGCUGUACAGCUCUCCUAAUACACAAAUCAGUCAGGAGAGAGAUGAACAGGAGAGCAGCAAAUCAAAGUUGAACGGUGGAGCAGAGAAGUGAGGUGCUGUAAGAGAGAGGAGGUACGUGAGCUGAGAUACCGAAUUCUCCGUUCAGAAUAAGGGAAUGGUAAAUAUUUUACACUGAGAACUAAAGGGGGAAAUUUGUAUGUGUUGAAGUGAAAGGAAUUUGGAAGUGGGGUGCAAGAAUGUGAGGAGGCAUUACAGUUAGUAUACUGAGGAAGGAAUAAUAACAGAAGAGAGGACCUACAAAAAAAAGUGUCUGUCUUUUUUUGUCACGUCAUGUUGAUUUACAGAUUAAGGAAAGUUAUACAUGCAAUCCCAGAGCAAUAACUGCAAAACACUGUUUUCUAUCUAAGAAUAUUUUACAAUUUCUGUUGUUAAUCUUCAUUAAUACAUCUGUAAUAUGUCAACAUGAAAGGCCAGGCUAUUGGUUUGAAAUACAGCUUCCUUCUCUAAUUGUGUGUAUCUGUUAUAUGACAUCAAUGCACUGUUUUGCCUACUGUAAGGCAGCAGUGAGUUUCGAACUAGAGAGGGAAGGCUUUCUACUCUCUCAGAUUCAGAACUCUCGUUCAUACAUCAUUACCAAUAAUGAAUGGCUCUGUGGGUCUCUGUUAGCUUUAUUACACUUUUCAAUGCCAAUAAAAAAGACCAUUGUGGAGUUUCUUUCAGUGUUGUGUUCAUAUGUGGAAAAAUAUACAAUGAAUAUAUUUACAUUGUGAAUGUUUCCUUUUUUUGUAAUCCUUGGAUGACAAACGCUUUUACAGCAGAUUCUCUCUUUUUGUGUAUUUAUAAGCUUACACAAUGUCAUGUUUUAAACAAGGUUUCAUUUGAAGAUUUUGGGAUUUUGUACUGCCCUCUGCUGCCUGUUCAGAGCUCCACAGCUCUCUGAUAAAUAACAGGAGUAGAAGUGCUGAUCUAUAGUCAGGUUCAUUUCUUAUUUACAAUGACGUUACUUACAGAAACAGAUCUUACAUCAGCACUCCUACUCGGAGAUGCUUCAUGAGACAGGCUCCAAUCAGCUGUCAGAAACAUCCCAAUGCCUCUUUUUUCAUGAAACUAUGAAAGCUGCUUAACUGCCUACACAUAUAUUUAAUACAGAUCAUACCACAAAGAUUUGCAGUUUGUAUUUUACUUGCGUGUGCCAUAGGAAUUCGCCAUUCCAUUCCUCCCCACUCUGUUGUGUACAGUAGCAGUUACAGCAUUAUCUGUCUUUUUUUCCAUCAGCUAGAGGGCAGUAAUGGUUCUGAACUGAACAUCUCUGUCAAAACUCUUCAAAACAUUAAAGUCAACAGCUUUUA